CAAUCAGUUUCAUUUUGUCAAGAAGUGCUCCUGAAACACAAGAUACUGCCAAGGUGAUGAUGUGAACUGCAUAAUGAAGGAGGUCUUAUUCAUCAUCAACUCUCUUUAUUUUUUGCACCCUUUAAAAGAUAUGAGCAUGCGAAUUACAUUAAAAAUAUUCUUGCAGAUUAUCGUGUUUGUGUAUACGAAAUAUAAUAUUUUCUUAUAAUAGUGCAUCACUCAUGAGAUUAUUAGAUUGAUGGUUCAAUAUUAGAAUACUCACCUUGCUAUGUAGUAGAUCAAGAGGCUUAAACCCCCAAAUUAAUAAUUUUUUAAAGAAAAUUUCUGAUGAAGCAAAAUAAUAAUAAUUUUUCUAGUUUAUGUAGAUAUGGAUCAUUUUAAAGUUAAAUUAAUAUCCAUGGCUGACCAGUAACAUUUUAUGAGCAAACAAAGUUGUGCCCCUCCAAAUACAGCCCCCAUCUCAUUUUCUUCCACAUUUUUUCUUCAUCAUUCUCUUGCUGGUGGUUUCAUCAUCUUGUCUUAGCAAAAGAAAAUGAUCAGUUUACUAACAUCACAGGGAUUCACCAAGUCCCUUGCCAUGACAAUUCUUUCAGAAGUGGGAGAUCGGACGUUUUGUGUUGCUGCACUGCUUCUGAUGCUAGCUUCUGCAUAUUGUAAGAUCUUGGCAAUGCGGUAUCCAAGGAAAAGUGUCUUGCUAGGCUGCCUGGUUUCUGUGAUUGCUAUGACUAUUGUCUCUGCUCUGCUUGGUUGGGCUGCACCAAAUCUGAUUUCCAAGAAAUGGACACAUCAUAUCACAACCUUGCUCUUCUUUGGCUUUGGUCUUCGUUCUUUGUGGGAAGGAUUCACAGAGGAUGAUGAUGACAAUGAAGAACUGGAAGAAGUUGAAAAGGAAUUGGAAAAGGACUUAAAGGCCAGCGCUAGAAAAUCAAAAACAAUUUCUAAGAAAGAUGAGAAUUUGAAGAAGCAACAUAAACCGUCUCUCACACAUUUCAUCUCACCUGUCUUCUUGAAGGCAUUUUCCCUCACAUUUUUUGGUGAAUGGGGUGACAAGAGUCAGCUUGCAACAAUUGGGUUGGCAGCAGAUGAGGACACUAUUGGAGUGAUCCUGGGUGGAAUUCUGGGACAAGUACUCUGCACCGUGGCUGCUGUUCUGGGUGGAAAGAGCUUGGCCUCAAGAAUAUCCGAGAGACUGGUCUCCAUUUUGGGAGGAUUUCUCUUUCUGGUUUUUGGUGUUCAAUCUCUUCUUUCCCCAAGCGAAUGACAUGUUCUAUAUCAAAUAAUUUUUGACAAACUUGUACGUUUUAAUCUGCUUAAAAAAAGAGGAGAGUUAGGACCCUUGGGAAUGUUUGGUCAAGCUUAAAAUUUAGCAUAGCCACCCUAUAAAGAUGUUGAAGGUUUCUCACAGAGCUGUGUAUCACUUUAUGUGUGGGAGAAAACUAUUCCAAAUCUGUUGUUCCUAAGCCUUUUUUAUAAGUAAUUUUCUCAUUACAUAGCCA